AUGAAGAAAAGAAAUAUUUGUAAAUAGAACAGGAGAGAUGGUAAAUUUUGCGCUCGGUGAAGAAAUAGAGAAAGAUAGUUUUCGUCCCACGAGCGUGGGACAAAGAAAGUCCCGAUAAGGAAUCGAACCUCAGAACUUCAGAUUCUGUACUCUGAUGCUCUACCACUGAGCCUUAUAGACUCAGUAACAUCUUUCUCUAGGAAAAGAAAUGUAUUAGGUUCGAUAUCCAAGGAUUAGUGGAAGAAAAUGACAUGGCAUAAAGAACACAGUCUCUUUCCUCGUAACACUGACACUGGAAGAUUUACCACAUCACUUUCUAUUGCAUUUCUUGGGUGGUAACUUCGAAGUAAAACCGGUUCAUUUACUCGUCAAGUAUGAGUAACUUCGCAUGUAAUAAUGCAACACAACUCACUUCAUACUGCUGCAAACCGUUUCAAAGCGACACGAACGCAAUCAAAGGAGUUAAAAUACUAUGUUAUUGCGUUCUUCUAUUGAUGUCAGUGAUUGGAAACACGUUGCUCGUUGCCAUCAUUAAGACGAAUAAACGAUUGCAGACCAUUACGAAUUAUCUCAUCGCCAAUGUGGCUGCCUCAGACAUUAUUAAUACACUAUUGGUUGUUCCGCGACAAAUAACAGAAAUAUUGCUUGGUCCACGCUCAUGGCUGGUGAGUGGAUUGUUGGGCUCCAUUCUCUGUAAAAGCGUUUCCUUUUUACAAGACAUCACAACUGCUGUCUCAAUUAUAAGUCUCGUGGUCAUCACCACUGACAGGUACAGAGGAAUUGUAUUUCCUUUCCAAAAGCAACUUAUGGGUCCUGCUAAGCUCUGUAAAGUUAUCAUUCCGUUGAUAUGGAUCGUAUCUAUGCCUUUUCACCUAGUGUACUUCGAUAUUUUCCACACUGAAACAAACAAUGGAGAAACAACCUGCCGGCCACUCUGGAGUCCAGAGUCUCAAAAAACAAGUUUUACAGUAAUAUUUGUUUGUUUAAUAGUUGUUCCAGCGUGCGUCAUUACAUUUCUUUAUUUGCGGAUUAUCCAUAAUCUCAAAAGAAACAGAGCUGCUCUGAGCCAAGGGCCUCUACGGAAACGACUGAAAGAAGACGUUAAAGUCGUGAGGAAUAUCAUUGCAAUACUUGUUGUUUUCGUGGCUUGCAUGACUCCAAUUAGUAUCUAUGGAAUGCUGGUCAUGUUCGUUUGGGAUAAGAAAGUGCCUUGUGGCAUUGAAAACUACGGUUUUGCUGCCCACUUUAUUCUUUAUACAAACGCGUCGGUCAAUCCAUGGAUAUAUUUUGUAUUGAACGAUAAAUACCGUCGUUGUUUCGGAAACAUUUUAAGGAAACUUCGUAUCGUCAGAAAGGAGAAAAAGUCUCGAGGAGGAUCACCACUCGCACUAGAAAUGUCAGGUUUUCGACCAACUGCUUAAUUACAUCUAAUUAAAUGGUCCGUUUGCUUCCAAGUUUUUAGAAGACGUUGAAAAGCGAGGCACGGCAGCCCAAAGCAAGUUCAGAGGAUAAAAUACUUUUGAUACCGUUUUGGUAUCAGGUUGCCAAGAGAGGCGCUAUUGACGAGUUAUUGUCAGUUGGAAUUGUAGCACGAAGCAACCGAGUUCGUUGUAUUAUAUUAAU